AUGCCUCAGAAACAUGAGCAUCACCACAUCCGCAAGCGUUUCUCUAUCAUGAACAUUCUAUCAGCAAUACCAUUCCUCCUCGCCACAGCCACAAAUGCCAUCCCCACCAUUCCCGCCGCCGCCGCACCAACACAAAUACCCUCUCCAACACCCACCACGACGGCAUCGACCUAUACAGUAACCAAAAUCUCCUCAACAACUCUAACCACCUCCUCGCCCGUGUUACACAUCUCUCCACACAUCUUGUCUCUUAUCACCACGAUGACGGUGACCACUUAUGAGCCUUGGCCGGCCUUUUUUGCAUCUGAUAUGGACGUGGAUAUGGACAUGGAGAUGGACUCAGUGGCAACGACGGUUCUGGAAACGGUGGUUUCGAGCGCUACGUGGGUUGAGAGGAGGCGGUAUUUGGAUGUUACAAAUAUGCGGGUAGCUGGAGGGGAAGAGGAGGAACUUGAAAGAGGAGGAAGCGAAGAAGAAACGACUAUAACGAGCUUCGUGGUGACGAUGGAGAAUACAUGGGUUGUUCACCCUGUUCCUGCUGCGGCGCCGACGGAUAUCUUUCUGGCUACGGGGGCGGCGGUUGGGUGUUGUGGGUGUUCUUUGCCUGCCCCUAGUGCUCCUAUUCCUGAGCCGACGUUCACGAGGGCAUCAUCAAGAAAUACAGUGCAAGAAGAAGUUGCAAAGCCCAAAGCAGACAACAUGGGACUAGGAGAAGAUCCAAUGUGCGAGUCGACUGGGCUUGCUACGGGGUGUCAGGGACAAUGCGUCUGGAAACCAUCAUUCCCGAUUCCCAACCAACUCCAAAAAAUCAACGAUACAGCAACAACAGCAACAAAUACAACGGCAGCAACGGCAGCAACGGGUCUCGGAACGUUCUGGUGCCUCCACAUCCACCCUUACCACUACUCCGACCCAUCUCUGCGCAUGGGCCGAGCAUGUUGGGGUUCCUACCUGCGUUAUCGCCAGCUUAACGCGCCUUGUCUGGUGGGAGAUGUGGGUAUGGCUUGUUUACCUUGUGUCAAAGGGGGAGAUGGUGGAGUGGGGAGAAAGGAUGAGAGUUGGGAUGCGGUGUUUUGGGAGGGGGAGGAGUGA